CUAAGCCCUAAAGCGCCCCAUUUCUCCUCUGGCGAUGGUUCUAGCGGCGUUCAGUCCGCGAGGAGAUCAGUUUGCUAUCGGUGCUGGCGAUGGACGAUUGAAGACAUGGGAUGUUGCCAGUGGUCAUGUUUGCGCGGAAUUUAGCGAGAUAGCAGCGAGUUCUUCUCAAGCUCUAGACGGGCAUUUGGCUCUCAACUACAAAAGUCUAGCAUGGGGUGCUUCCAGCAAGAAGAAAAAGAAGAAGGCGUCUUUGAUUGUUCUAGGAACUGGAGGUGGAGACGUCCUGGCCUGGGAUCCCAUUCUCGGAGAGCUCACAUGGAGGACAAACGAUUGCAACACCGGUGGAGUAACCUCCGUGUGCUUCGCGAAGAACCAAGGAUCUUUGUUCAGUGCUGGAAUAGAUGGCAUUGUCUGCGAGCUCGAGGUAGCCUCUGGAAAGAUUUUGAGCACGUUGCAGUGCUCGAAAAGUUCAAUCACGAAUAUAUCGUCGUCGCCAGAUGCUUCGCUGUUGCUUGUCGCGGCCAACGAGCUGAGACUGUUUGAUAUGAGAACCAGGAAGAGGUUACGAAAGUUUACUGGGCAUGCUUCUUCUGUGAAUGUUACUGUGUUUACCGAGGACGGAAGAUACGUACUUUCGGCUGCUGUUGGUGACAGAAACAUCGCAGUUUGGGACACUAACGAAGUUGGGAAGGAAGCUAAAGUGGCUCUGGCGAUGGAGCAUCCCGCUGUUGCUCUAGAUUCGUGGGGUUUCGAAAAGGAUGGCACGGAAAGGAAAAUACUGGCAGUCUCAGAAACAGGCGAGGCUUACAUAUGGAGCGGUCUGAGCUUGGAAGAGCUCGGGAAGGCCGAGCCCGUGCGAGUUCGUGUCGGCUCCAAGAACUCGGGAAAAGCGUCGAAACAAAGCAUUCUUCUUGGACGGCUUGUGGGAGCUGGCUCUGUCGUGGUUGCACGGGGUACGACUGUGAGGCCGAGUUUUGAGACGGUGGCACUGCCUGAAGAAGGCGUCGUUGUUCUGCCUCCAUCGGAGCAGGGAAAUCUGUUACUCUCGCAGUCCGAACCGACGAUCAAGCGUGGUGGCCAUGAUGCAGUGACUGUGUUGGGAGCAGACAAUGCAGCCGACGCAAGCCUUCCUAAGCCUCGAAUUGAAGCUGGCGACGUGAAGAAACGAAAGAGGCGCGAAGCAAAUGUGGCUUCAGAAGCCGAACCAAGUCAAGGUAUGGAAGAGGAUAAAGCCGAUGGAGCCACUCCAAUGGAAGAAGACAAGGACGAGCAAACAAUGGAAGAACGUCUCAUGGCUUUGGGACUGGUAGAAGACAAACGCACCGAGGGAAAUGCGUUUGAGAACGCGGAAGUGGUGCCUCCAAAGUCGGAUUCUCUGGAGGUUCUCUUCACACAGGCAAUGCGAUCGGACGACAAGAGUCUGAUCGAGCAGUGCCUGUGUGUUUCGGAUACGAAGGUGAUUACGAACACCGUCAGGUCCUUGAGUCCAAAGGAUGCCUGCACUCUUUUGAGACUCGCAAUUUCGAGGCUUGAAGAAAGUCCACGGCGAGGAUUGCAGUUACUGCCAUGGAUCCGGAUAACGCUGCUGGAACAUGCAAGUUAUAUUAUGUCCAACAUUGCCAUCCAACCUGUCCUGAAAUCUCUCUAUCAGGUUGUGGAGUCUCGUCUUCACAUAUUCAGACCUUUGCUCGCAUUGUCUGGAAGGCUGGAUCUGAUCGUCGCCAAGAUCAAGGCAAACGAGACAUCCAAGAGCGUCGAGCAAGCGGAGGUGGCUACCGCUGUUUACGAAGAAGAUGAAGAAGAAGACAGUGAUCAAGAGGUGGAGGACGCAAUGGCUGACGAAGACGAAGACGAGGACGAGGAGGAAGAAGAAGAAGAAAGGAUGGACGAAGACAAGCCUCACCUGGAAAACGGUGGAAGCUUUUCGGACGACGAAAGUGACCAAAGCAACGAUUGAUCAACACCUUUUCCCUCUCUUCCUUGGGGUCAAUGCACCAAAUUUUGUACUGAAAACACUCUAGACCAUCUUCGCCAAUGCGUCUCGCGGUUCUUUUUUCUUGUAUUAAGCUAAUGGAGAAGUUCCAAGUAAGUUUUUUUCAUUUUAACAAAUCGAAGGCAAGCGAGGAGGACACUGCAUUAAAUUC